AUGGCUGGAGCCUUGGUCACGGCCUGCGGUCACUGUGUGGCCUUGCUGCUGCUGGUCACUCUGGGACUGGCUCGGUGGCCACACCCCGAGCCUGGUGUCCCAGGCCUGCGGCACAGCUACGACUGUGGGGUGAAAGGCAUGCAGCUGCUGGUGUUCCCCCAGUCAGGCCAGACUGUUCGCUUCAAGGUGGUGGAUGAAUUUGGGAAUCGAUUUGAGGUGAACAACUGCUCCAUCUGCUACCACUGGGUCACAGCCAAGCCCCAGGGACCUGCAGUCUUCUCUGCUGAUUACAAAGGCUGCCACGUGCUGGAGAAGGACGGGCACUCCCACCUGACAGUGUUCAUAGAAGUUGUGCUGCCCGAUGGUCAUGUUGAUGUAGCACGAGAUGUCACCCUGGUCUGUCCCAAACCUGACUACACCUGGACUCUGGACGGCCACCUGGCGCCACCUACCACAGUCUCACUUUCUACCGCUCAUACUCAUCCCCUUCACCCCGUCCCAGAGCACAGCUUCGACCGUCCAACCUUGGCCUCACCAUCCCUUGGAUCUGGACCCACGCACCCCACCCUGGCUCGCCCCCAGUGGGGCAUCUUGGAGCACUGGGGGGUUGCCAAGCCAACUGACAAAGGUACCUAUCUGUCCCGGGAACGGUGCCAGGUGGCCUCUGGGCACAUCCCCUGCAUAGUGAGAAGAAGUUCAAAGGAAGCCUGUCAGCAAGCUGGCUGCUGCUAUGACGACACCAGAGAGGUUCCCUGUUACUAUGGCAAUACAGUGACUGUCCAGUGCUUCACACAUGGCCACUUCAGUCUGGUGGUGUCCCGAGAAACAGCCUUGGCACACAGGGUCUCACUGGCUGGCAUCCACCUGGCCUACGCGCCCACCGGCUGCUCCCCGACCCAGGAGACGGGAUCCUUUGUAGUCUUCCACUUCCCUCUCACCCACUGCGGCACCACCAUCCAGGUGAUUGGCAACCAGCUCAUCUAUGAGAACCAGCUAGUAUCUGACAUCGAUGUCCAAAUGGGGCCACAGGGUUUGGUCACACGGGAUGGCACCUUCAGGCUUAAUGUUCGCUGUGUCUUCAAUGCCAGCAACUUCCUGCCCCUGCAGGCGUCCAUCUUCCCACCCCCUUCGCCAGUCCCCGUGACCCAGUCUGGCCCCCUGCGGCUCGAGCUGCGGAUCGCCAAAGAUGAGACUUUCCGCUCCUACUACCGGGAGGAGGAGUACCCCAUCGUGAGGCUGCUUCGGGAGCCUGUCCCGGUGGAGGUGCGGCUCCUGCAGAGGACAGACCCCAGUCUGGUGCUGGUGCUGCACCAGUGCUGGGCCACCCCCGGCGCCAACCCCUUCCAGCAGCCCCAGUGGCCCAUCCUGUCAGACGGAUGUCCUUUCCACGGUGACAGCUACAAGACCCAAAUGAUAGCCUUGGACAAGGCCAAGCUGCCCUUCCCGUCUCACUACCAGCGCUUCACCAUUGCCACCUUCGCCCUCCUGGACGUGGGCUCCCAGAGGGCCCUCAGGGGACCGGUUUACUUCUUCUGCAGUGCCUCUGCCUGCUCCCCGUCAGGGCUGAGGACUUGCUCAACUAGCUGUGGCUCUGGGACUGCCAGACGUCGACGAUCCUCUCGUCACAACGACACUGCCAGGCCCCAGGACAUUGUGAGCUCUCCGGGGCCGGUGGGCUUUGAGGAUUCGUACAGGCAGGAGCCUACGCUGGGGCCCUCAGGCUCCACCAGGAACUCCAACCCAAGCCCUCUCCUCUGGGUGGUCCUUUUGCUGGUGGCUGCUGCCCUGGUCCUAGGCAUCAGUAUUUUCGUGGGCCUGAGUCAGGUCCAGGCUCAGAGGCUCCAGGAAGGCAACAGAGGGUGAAGGGGCUCAAUAAACCAGCCUACUGAAAGCAGGUGUGGAAGGCCUUUUGUGACGACUAGAACGGAAUUUGUUGUCUUAGAAACUAGUUCCUUCGUGUCAGCUCUGUCCUUUCAGAAUUGUGGCCUCUAUUAUAAAUACUGGGUAGAGUCCAGUGUCUCCCAGGGCUGAAUUUGGGAGACUCUGCCUCUCAGCAAGGAGAGACAUGAUUCCAGGUAGAGAGGACAGGACAAGUGAAAGAA